GAGGAAGAAACUGUUGCCCAAACAAGUAGAAUUUUUCUUAAUCGGUUCAGUCUGGUUCAUUCCAAAAUUUAUUGGACUCCAUUUCGAUUCAAAAUCUAAAAAUUGAAAAAUUUUAUUCCGGUCUAGUCUGGUUCUAAACUGCUGGGCAGCAAUUUUACGAUUUCUCUACUUUGGACUGUACAGUGGUGAAACAAUAACUGGAUAGAACUUUUCAAGAUUGCUCUGUUUGGCACCCGAGAAUCUGAAUACUAUUGUAUUUGGAUUUCCCAGGAAAAGUUGUUGUCGGAACCGAGCAUAAUGCUUCAGUGAUGGAAUUGAACAGAACAGAACCAGGCAAUUUUAUCAAUGCAAACUGCUCUCUCCCAUUUCCUUGAACGCAAAACCAAUCUUUUUUCAUGGUUAACAAGAGCUUUCAAUUCAUGGGCUUUUGCCAUCAAACAUGCUUCUUCUCCCCACAAAGCUCUGCAACUUCUUUCUCAAAUGCACCGUCAUUCCAUUCCCUUCGACACUUUCUCCAUCCUCUACGCCCUAAAAUCCUGCACCCCUCUCCAUCACAUUCAACUCAUUCGCCACCUUCAUUCCCCGAUAAUUAAACUCGGCCAUUCGUUUCACGUCUACGUUGCCACUUCACUUCUUAACGCGUAUGCCGUAUCUUCAUUGGAGGACGCUCAUCAGUUGUUCGACGAAAUGCCUCAUCGGAACACCGUCACCUGGAAUACUAUGAUUACUGCCUAUUCCAGACAUGGAGAUGUCAAUAAAGCACGUUGCGUUUUUGAGGGUAUGCCUUCCAGGGAUAUUGCCUCGUGGUCUGCCAUGGUUGCUGCGUAUGUGAAUAAUGGGAAACAGGAUCAAGGAUUGGCGGUUUUUCGAGAAAUGGUGUCAAAUGAGGGGUUGAAACCUGAUCAACUGACUCUAGGGUCAGUCCUAUCGGGGUGUGCUCACUUGGGUUCUAUUGGUUUGUUGGUGGGAAAAUCAGUUCAUGGGUUUAUGGUGAAGAAUGGGUGGGAGCUGAACGUGGAAAUAGGCACGGUCUUGGUUGACAUGUAUGCCAAGUGCGGCUUUUUGAAGUAUGCUUGUAGGGUUUUUGAAUUGAUGCCAGAAAAGAAUGUCAUGACUUGGACUGCGUUGAUUUGUGGCUCCGCACAACAUGGUUACAGCCAAGAAGCUUUAUCUUUUUUCGAGAUGAUGCAAAAGAUGGAGAUUCAUCCCAAUGAAAUGACUUUCACGGGAGUUCUUAACGCAUGUGCCCAUACAGGGUUGGUUAAGGAGGGACGCAAUUAUUUUAGGAUGAUUGAAGAGCAUGGCUUGGAGCCGAGGAUUCAACAUUAUGGCUGCAUGGUUGAUUUGUUUGGCAAGGCAGGAUUAUUAGAGGAAGCCUACACAGUUCUCAAGACAAUGAGACUUGAACCAAAUAUUGUUAUAUGGGGCUCAUUUUUGUCAGCGUGCAAGGAGCAUAGGAAUUUUGAGAUGGCUGAGAAAGUCAUUGAACAGGUGUUGAGGGAAGUAAAGCCAGAGUUCGAUGGAGGAGUUUUUAGUCUUAUAUCGGAUUUGUAUGUUUUGAAUGAAAAGUGGGACGAUGCAGAAAGGGUGAGAAAAUUAAUGGUCAAUCAACAUGUAAGAAAGUCCAGAGGCUCUAGUUUUGUUAGAAGUGGAUUAUAGGAAUUGUCAUUAAGGAGCAUAUAUCAUCUUCAACCAGGAAAUCCUUUGUUUCUUUGUCAGCUGUUUUCUCUUUGUUCUCUGGCCUGUUUUUCUUCCCCUGUUGUUUUCUUUUUUCUGUUAACUAGCAGCCUCUAUGUAGCUGCGUUAUUUAGGCCGUUGGCUCAUUUCAACUCAUGCCCGUUUCUGUUCUUUUACACAAAGAACAGAAAAGAAUAGUAGACACGGAAGUAUAAUUUUAUUCACUGUCAAAGAUCAUUAUUGGUUUCUCCUUAUUUUGGAGCUAAAUGGAUAGUUGAAAGAUCUUGAGAUGGAUUUUCAUGUUAA